AUGCAUCUCCUGCGCACUAUUAUCGCCCUAGCCACCCUCCUGGUCUCCCUUGCCACAGCUGCUUUUAAGCCCAGCGAUGUUAUUCACCCUGACGAUCUUAUCCGCUACAAAGACCUUAUGCGCUCGAUAUUUCCCGGCCAGACUACUCGCAUGCGCUUUCAAAAUAAUAUAGUCUAUGUUGAUGUUUUCAGUCUCGUUAACAAGGAGCAGGUGGUAUUCACCGAUGGAUUCCGUCCCAGCGCUCACGCCAUAACGUAUUUCGCCAGUGAAGAAAAGAAGGCGUUGCGGCCCCUGCGCAAUCCUAAGCAAAAGCAAAACCUACGAAAGCUCAAUCGGGGAACGGUGCACCAGUCCUAA